UCACGAUGCAAUAUUAUCGAGUUUCAUGGUUCUAUGUAGUAGUAAUUUUAUAUUUAACAAAAUUAACGAAACAAGAUGAACCGAAAAUUAUUAUAAUUGGUGCUGGAGCUGCUGGCAUUGCAGCUGCGUCCAAACUUUAUGAGAACGGUUUUAAUAACAUCACUAUUCUGGAAGCUGAAAACCGAAUCGGUGGACGUGUACAUACUACAUGGUUUGGUGGAAAUUGGAUAGACCUAGGGGGUCAAUGGGUUCACGGAGAAACAAACAACAUUGUCUUUGAAUUAGCUUUUCCUCUAGGACUACUGGAAGUACCAGUAGAUGACUAUUUCGUUACUAUACAUGAUUCCAAAGGAUCUCAAAUAUCCCCUGCGCUUACUGCCGAUUUGAUGGCAUUAUACAAUAAUAUCUCAGACAAAAUGCCUGAGGAUUCAAAGGGAUACAAUGGUUCUCUCGGAGAAUAUUUUACAAGGGCGCUAACUAUUGAAGCCCGUAAGUACUCAGCGAUCAAUCAGACAAUACUGAAACAGUCUACCUGGAUAUUUGAAGGCCUGCGAAACGCUAUGGAUGGAUCAGACAGUUGGUUCGACGUAUCUGCGAGUGGGAACUUAGAAUAUUGGACAUGUCCAGGAAGUCAAGACGUAAAUUGGAAAGAUAAGGGAUAUUCAACUAUUCUUGACAUCAUGAUGAAGAAGUACCCUAAUGUCGAGAAUGAACUUCCAGUAAUAAAUAAUACGUUAUUGAAUUCAGAAGUUGUGAGAAUCAAUUAUAAUUCAGUGAAAGGCAAGGUUCUAGUAGAAACCAAUAAUUCACAUAACUAUGUAGCAGAUCACGUUAUCAUGACGGCGUCACUAGGUGUUUUGAAAGCUCAAUAUGACACUUUGUUCAUUCCUAACUUGCCAGAGUAUAAAGUGCGAACAAUAAAGGGCUUAUCAUUUGGAUCUGUUGGUAAAAUCUUCCUGUCCUUUGAAACCACAUGGUGGCCUGUUCCUACGUUUUCAAGUGUAUUUUUGUGGAAUAAUGAAGAAAGACAGCUCUUUGAAAAUGAUCCCGAUAAAAAAUGGCUACUCGAUGUAAAUGUAAUCCACACGGUGGAACACAAACCAGGAAUACUAUCCUGCUGGGUAAAUGGUCAGGGUUCACGACAUAUGGAAAGAUUGUCGGAGGAACAGGUAUUAAACCACACAAUGGCACUAAUUGAUAUGUUCUUAGGAAAGUCAUAUAACAUAUCCAGACCUACUGCAAUCUUGAGAACCAAUUGGUACAACAAGAAACAUUUCCUUGGUACCUACAGUUUGAGAACUAUGGAAACCGAAAAAGCUGAUGUUUGGGCAGAUCAGUUAGCGGUCCCUUUACUUGUUGAUGAAAAACCAGUACUCAUGUUCGCAGGAGAGGCUACACACAUUCACUACUAUUCGACCGUUCAUGGAGCUAUAGAAUCUGGUUUCCGUGAAGCAAACAGACUUAUAUACAUGUAUAAACUUAAACAUAGCACUAUUAACGCUACGUUAAUUUUGAAGUAUUUUUUGGUUUUAAAUCUCUCGUCGACAAUGAUACUUGUGAAAGUAUGGUGGUUUUGGCUUCUCGGAAUAAUAAAUCUAACAAAUUCAAUAACAGCAGAUGAGCCGAAAAUUGUAAUUAUUGGGGCAGGUCCUUCUGGUAUUGCAGCUGCAUCUAAGCUAUUAGAACAUGAUUUUCACAACGUCACUGUAUUAGAAGCUGAAAACAGAAUUGGUGGACGAGUGUAUAGUACACUUUUUGGUGACGGCUGGAUAGACCUUGGAGCUCAGAAUGUUCAUGGCGUAUAUGGCAAUAUCGCUUUUGAAAUGGCUUCACCUUUAGGAUUAUUAGAAAUUCCGUCAGGUCCAGAAAUGAUCUUUGAUGUUUACAGUUCGAAUGGACACAAAAUACCUCGGUCUUUUAUUAGGGGUUUACUUAAUUAUUUUGAGAGAAUCGACAAGGAGAUAGGUGAUCUCAUACUGCUUAACGAAACUUCAGUUGGAGAUUACUUCACCAGAAUGAUCAGCAAUGAAAUGGAAAAGUACCCAAUGAUUAAUGAGACACUGGCAAAACAGAUGAUGUCGGUAUUUGAGAGAAUGACUAUGGGAUCAGAUGCUUCAGACACCUGGUGGAAUGUAUCGACUAGAGGAUAUUUGGAAUUUUGGGACUGUCCUGGGAGUAGAAUAGUCAAUUGGAAGGAUCGAUCAUAUGGCACCAUCCUUGAUAUUCUAAUGAAAAAAUAUCCAAAUCCAGAGGAAGAACUUCCAGUUUUGAACAAUACUUUAUUGAAUUCAGAAGUUGUUAAUAUAAAUUAUCAAUCAGUGGAAGGCAAAGCUGUAAUAGAAACGAGUACUGGACAAACAUAUGUUGCUGACCAUGUUAUCGUAACACCAUCAUUAGGUGUGUUAAAAGCACAAUAUGAAACUCUUUUCACACCACAGUUGCCAGAGUCUAAAGUGAAGGCUAUACAAGGCUUGGCCUAUGGAUCUGUCGCAAAGAUUUAUCUAUCCUUUGAGACACCAUGGUGGGAUAGCGAUUUCCCUGGUGCUGCACUUAUAUGGGAGGAAAAUGAUAAAAAGGAAUGUGAAAGUGAUCCUAAUAGAAACUGGUUGCUCGGUAUCGAUGGUUUUUAUCUAGUAUCUCAUAGACCUCGGCUAUUACUUGCAUGGAUGAGUGGUGCACAAGCUCGUCAUAUGGAAACAUUUUCCGAAGAUGAAGUCUUGAAUCAGACAUUUGCACUACUUCAUAAAUUUUUCGGACAAACGUAUAACAUCACUAGACCUACAGGGAUAAUACGAUCAACGUGGUACAGCAACAAGCACUUCCGGGGAGCCUACAGUUAUAGAAGCCUAGCCUCUGAAUCACCUCCAGUUUGGCCAGCCGAUUUAACAGAGCCUGUACUCGUCAAUGAAAAACCAGUACUCAUGUUUGCUGGAGAAGCAACAAAUGAUCACCACUCAUCAACGGUUCAUGGAGCUAUAGAAACAGGUUUCCGUGAAGCAAACCGACUCAUAGAGAUGUACAAUGAAACUAAGAACACGCAAGACUUUGCCCUCUUAUCAAGGAUACCAAACACAAAAAUGGAGUGGCUUCAUGGGCUGAAAAUUUUGUGGCUAGCUAAUUUCAUAACAGCAGAACAGCCGCAGAUUGUAAUCAUCGGAGCCGGUACCGCAGGUGUUGCAGCUGCAUCAAAGCUGUACAUAAAUGAUUUCUAUAACAUAACUAUUUUGGAAGCUGAGAACAGAGUUGGUGGAAGAGUGUAUAGUACAGUAUUUGAUAAAAGCUGGAUAGACCUUGGUGGUCAGAAAGUACAAGGUCAAACAAACUGCAAUGUGGUGUACAAAAUUGCUUCACCUUUGGGACUUCUGGAAAUUCCAAAUGCAACGAAGCACUUCAAAAUUUACAAUUCCAACGGAUAUAAGUUACCUGAUACUCUGAGCGACUAUUUCGAAAAUUUUCACCACAGACUCAAGCAUGAGAUUACCAAAAAUCUGGAAGGAAACAUCUCCUGCUCUGUUGGUGAAUACUAUGUACACAAAGUUCAGGCUGAACUUCGAAGUGAUUUGAUAGCCAAUGAGACCUUGAUGGGACAGUUAUUGAAGUUAUAUGAAGCCCUCACCAUAUCAACAGAAGCGGUAGAUGACUGGUUUGAUCUUUCCAUUAUGAAAUAUCAAGUACAUUCACGGUGUCCUGGAAGUAACAGUAUCCACUGGAAGGAGAGAGCUUAUGGAACUAUCAUUGAUAUUCUUACGAAAAAGUAUCCAAACCCGGAAGAAGAACUACCAAUAUUGAAUAAUACAUUGUUGAACACAGAAGUGGUCAACAUUGAUUACCAAUCAAUGGAAGGUAAAGCUGUGAUAAGAACGAGUGUUGGACAGAAUUAUGUAGCGGACCAUGUUAUUAUUACAACAUCAUUGGGUGUCUUGAAGGAACAGUACGAAACUCUAUUCACACCACAAUUACCGGAGUUUAAAUCCAAGACUAUUCAAGGCUUGGGAUUUGGAACUACUGCUAAAAUUUAUCUUUCAUUUGAAGCACCGUGGUGGAAUAAUGAGAACGUUCACUUUGACUUUAUAUGGGAUGACAAAGACAGGAUAAAAUACGAAACUGAUCCCGAUAAAAAGUGGUUACUGGAUCUAGUAAACUUUGUUACGGUGCCUAAGAGACCACGACUGUUAAUUGGUUGGGUGGGUGGCUCAAGUUCACGGUAUAUGGAAACAUUGACCCAAGAUCAGGUAUUGAACCAAACGUUUACGCUCCUCAAUAAUUUUUUGGGACGAACGUACAACAUCACAAGACCUACAGGGAUUAAGCGUACAUUGUGGUACAGUAACAAGCAUUUCCGUGGAGCCUACAGCUAUAGAAGUAUGGAAUCUGAAGAAUCUAAUGUCUCGGCAGCUCAAUUAGCAGCCCCUUUGAUGAUCAAUGACAAGCCAAUGAUCUUGUUUGCGGGAGAAGCUACUAGUAAUCACCAUUUUUCAACAGUCAACGGUGCUAUAGAAUCUGGGUGGCGUGAAGCAAACAGACUUAUAGAUCUAUACAAAAUUACAGCUAAACCCGAUUAUCUGUUCAUGAAAAUGUUGUGGUGCAACGUAAUGGUAGUUUUCAUGUAUUUUAUGAAAUUAACAAUGGGAGAUCAGCCAACGAUUUUGAUAGUCGGUGCUGGUUCUGCUGGUGUUGCAGCUGCAUCUAAGCUAUAUGAACAUGGUUUUGAAAACAUCACGAUAUUAGAAGCAGAGAACAGAACUGGUGGACGAGUGUACAGUGCACAGUUUGGAGACACUUGGAUAGAGCUAGGUGCUCAGCAAGUGCAUGGGCAAUUAGAGAAUAUUGUUUACGAAUUGGCUUCACCUUUUGAGCUGUUGGAUAUUCCAUCCUAUUCAACACCACCCAUCGCUAUUUACAAUUCUAAAGGAUACAAGAUACCCGAUCUUGUCAGUGAAAACUUAAUAGACUUCUACUUUAGAAUCCAAAAUGAGAUUGGGCACUGUCCAAGAAUGAACGUCACCUCCGUCGGAGAAUACUUCCAGAAAAUCAUUGAAACAGAACUUUCAAAUAUCGCACCAAUCGAUCAGACGAUAAUCAAACAGUUCGAAAAACUGUUUGAAGGCUUUGCAUUGGAAGAAGAAGCCUCAGAUACAUGGUUUGAUGUUUCAGUGAAAGGAUAUCAAGACUAUUGGGAGUCCCCUGGAAAUGACUAUGUGCACUGGAAAGACAAACCAUAUAGUACCAUUUUUGAUAUUCUGACGAAGAAGUACCCCAAUCCCGAAGAAGAACUUCCAGUUUGGAAUAACACUUUGUUGAAUCAAGAAGUUCUGAAUAUUGAUUAUGAUUCAACAAAGGGUAAAGCUUUAGUAAUAACGACUACUGGAGAAAGAUACAUAGCGGACCAUGUUAUAGUGACACUGUCAUUGGGAGUCCUAAAGGAACAAUAUGAUACUUUAUUCACACCACAUUUACCAGAGUCUAAAGCAAAUGCUAUACAAAGUCUAGGGUUUGGAGUGGUCAGUAAAAUAGUUUUUACUUUUGAAACACCAUGGUGGACCAAGGAAAUCAAUAACUUUGGAUUUGUAUGGGAUGAAAACGAUAAACAAGAAUAUGAAAAUGAUCUGGAUAGAAAAUGGUUACUGGAUGUAGUUGGUAUUUUUGAGCUGCUUCAUAGACCUGGUACACUAAUUGCUUGGGUAUCUGGAGCAAGUGCACGACACAUGGAAUCGCUACCUGAGGAUGAAGUGUUCAAUCAAACUUUGGCAUUGAUCAACAAAUUUUUAGGGAAAUCACACAAUAUCACACGACCUACUGGAUUUACACGAUCAAUAUGGCACAAUAACAAGCACUUUCGUGGAACCUAUAGUUAUAGAAGUGUGGAAUCUCAAAAUCCUGGUGUUCAAUUAGAUCAACUGGCAGUCCCUUUAUUCAAAGAGGACAAACCAAUUGUCUUGUUUGCGGGUGAGGCCACAAGUAGUCACCACUUUGCUACAGUACAUGGUGCCAUAGAUACGGGAUUUCGAGAAGCACAACGGCUUAUAAAUAUGUACAAGAAUUUGCCGGAAUAAGGCAUUUAUUAUUCCGUACCAUAUGCCAACUUUGAGUGGACAUGCAUCACAAUAUUUCAAUCAAAUUAUCUCCAUUGAGAUACUUCAACAUUAUUCAGAUAUCAACUCUCGUUAUUCAUGAAUAUUUUCACUGUCUAAUAAUAAUACCAGACUAUUCACAC